AUGGCCAAAACUAUAGUCGUAUUAGGAGCAACUGGCAUCCAGGGGGGUGCUGUCGCUGCCAAGUUUCUCUCGCUAGGAUGGAAAGUUCGAGGAAUCACUCGAAAUACCUCUUCGCCAUCGGCUCAGGCUCUCUCCAAUCAAGGUAUCGAGGUUGUCAGUGCUGACCAAGAUGAUCCAGCCUCACUUAUCCCAGCUUUCUCUGGCGCAGAAGCAAUCUUCGCUGUUACAAAUUUCUGGGAACCAUUCCUCAAAAAUUAUGUAGAGCUUUCGAAGCAGGGAGAUCGGGCUGCCGGUAAAUACGCUGCUGCCAUUGAGAUUCGUCGAGGCAAAGCAAUUGUUGACGCCGCGGCCAAUGUUUUGCAGGAUGAAGGAAAACUUGAGAGAUUCAUUUGGAGUACCCUGCCCCCCUUCAAAGAGUUGAGUAAAGGGAAAUAUUCCUAUGCGUAUCAUUUUGAUGCAAAAGCGGAGGUUACGAAGUACUUGCAGCAAGAGAAGAAGGAUUUGUGGGAGAAGAGUAGUUUGCUGAAUAUGGGCAUCUAUACGACGAAUGUGAAAGAGAGUGGGGACGCCUUCGGACUAAAAAGAAAGGUAUGGCUUUAUUAUUACUGGCUGAGAGAUCGUGGAGCUGAUAUGAUUAUGAAGAAUGAUGGUUCAGGUGAAUGGAUCUACCACAGUGCCGGCCCUAGUGCGGCGCAGCAUCCAUUUGUUGUACCGACUGAUACAGGUGCUUUCGUGGAAUUGUUAGUUCGAAGUCCUCCCAAGCAAGACUUAUUGGGAGUUAGCGAAGCAGUAAGCUUCGUGAAGUUUUUUGAUGUUUGGGGACGCGCGGCUGGCAAAAAAGUCACUUGCGAAGAGAUCGCCGUCGAAGCGCACGAUAGGGCUCGUCCGGGGGGAUUUGGAAGACAGACAGCAGAGGCCGUGGCUUGUAGUGCGGAAUUUGGAUGGGGAGACUUGGUCUUGCCUAAAGAUCUUGAUUCCAAUAUCAAAGUCACCAGCAUAAAAGAGUAUUUCGAAAGUGAAGACUGGAGUGAAUACAAUUAA